AAUUGACGUCACCAUCCUGCUCAAGCCAACAACUUCGUCUUGGAGCAGUGGCGGAGAAAAGAGAUGAGCCUCUCUCGGCGCUAGUUCGCCUUCGCCUCACCACCGCCUCCCGAUUCCUCCGCCCUCUCCAAGCCACAGGCCACCGGAUAACGCGCCGCGCAACCCUCCAAAACCCGCUCCCGCGAAGCACCCCUCCCCACACUCUCUCCCAUAAACCCCCAAGCCCUGAAUCGCCCCAUCGUUCGUCUCCGUCGCCGAGCCACCAUGCACCCCGACGCCACCUCCCCCUCGCACCGCAUCGCCCGCGUCGCCGCGCACCUCAACCCGCUGACCCCGCCGCGCCCGCAGAUGGAGGAGGCCGGCCUGAGGCCCGUGGCGUGCCGCGCCAAGGGCGCCGCGCCGGGGUUCAAGGUGGCCGUGCUGGGCGCGGCGGGCGGGAUCGGCCAGUCGCUUUCGCUGCUCAUGAAGAUGAACCCGCUUGUCUCCGUGCUCCACCUCUACGACGUCGUCAACACGCCCGGGGUCACCGCCGACGUCAGCCACAUGGACACCACCGCCGUGGUCCGUGGCUUCCUUGGGCAACAACAGCUUGAGGCAGCACUUACAGGAAUGGAUCUUGUCAUCAUCCCUGCUGGCCUCCCAAGAAAACCGGGAAUGACAAGGGAUGAUUUAUUCAACAAAAAUGCUGGGAUCGUUCGCUCACUUUGUGAAGGCAUUGCCAAGUGCUGUCCUAAUGCAAUUGUGAAUUUGAUCAGCAACCCUGUGAACUCCACCGUCCCCGUUGCAGCAGAGGUUUUCAAGAGAGCUGGAACUUACUGUCCCAAGCGUCUCCUUGGAGUGACGACACUUGAUGUAGCGAGGGCUAACACCUUUGUGGCUGAAGUGCUUGGUGUUGAUCCAAGAGAUGUCAGCGUUCCGGUUGUUGGUGGUCAUGCAGGGGUCACUAUAUUACCCCUCCUGUCACAGGUCAGUCCACCAUGCUCAUUCACUGCAGAUGAAAUCAGCUAUUUGACUAACCGCAUACAGAAUGGUGGUACAGAAGUUGUUGAGGCAAAGGCUGGAGCAGGCUCUGCAACUUUGUCAAUGGCUUUUGCUGCUGCAAAAUUCGCUGACGCAUGCUUGCGAGGAAUGCGGGGCGAUGCUGGCAUCGUGGAAUGUUCAUAUGUUGCAUCUGAGGUGACAGAGCUGCCAUUCUUCGCGACAAAAGUGCGGUUAGGUCGGGGCGGAGCCGAAGAGAUCCUUCCUCUCGGGCCACUGAAUGACUUUGAGAGAGCUGGCCUGGAGAUGGCAAAGAAGGAGCUGGCCGAGAGCAUUCAGAAGGGCGUGGCGUUCAUGAACAAGUGAAACCUUAUGGCUGGAUGGGUCAUCGUUCGUCCCCGACAUAUACAUGCAUAGAAGAUGCAAAGACUAAAAGAGUGUGAUAUAGUGCUCCUAUACCUGUAAAGCCACUACUGCCUGCAAGACACUAGUACAAAGGUUAAUUGCCCUGUAGCUGCACUGAGUCUUUUCUUUUCAUCGCGAAAUAAAACCAUUUACUAAUAGCCUACUAGGCAAAGAACA